AUGUUCCACUCCAAAUCCCCCCUCACCCCCAACAACACCCUCUACACCCCCAUCUCCCGCGUCCCUCCCACCUCCGCCACCCACCGCUCCUUCCCCCAGUCCCCCGCCGCCCACAGCUAUCCACCGACACCCCGUCCUCUUCUCGAAAAUACGGUAUCCCGCCAGCCCAAAGAACCCAAGAAGAAGAGGAAACGGCUGAAAUGGACCAAGGUCCGCUCUAUACUGUAUCAUUCGUCCUUUUGGUUUUGUGUUCUUCUCAAUGCUGCGCUUCUGGUGGCAGCGGCCUGGGGCAUGGGAGCACAGGCGUGGAGGACAGGAGGGCAGAAGAAUUGGAAUGUGUUGGUUGUUGUCCUGGCAUAUGUCAUCACUAUGCUCAAGACCAUGCCCAAGCCCUACAUCCCCACCAAACCCGACGACGUCCCUCCAAAAGUCGCAAACCAUAUCGCUACGGAAUACUCGCGGACGGCAGUGAUCAGCCAUAUCAGCCAGGCUACUACGGGGCAGCAGGAAGGGUGGGGAAGGCCUGGGACGAAGUGGGAGGGGAAGCACUUUAGGAGUUGGAUAUUGGGCAGCGUCAGCGUCAUGCGCGAGGCGCUGGGAGUCAAAGACGAUCUAUCCUACAGCCCUUUGUCAUAUCAACCAUUCUACAACGCCCUCAAGCGUAUCCCAUCUUCCAGCCCUCAAAACCCGUUCGAAUCCCCCUCUUCUUCCUCCACCAUCCCUCCGCAAGAAGACACCGGUCUCAGAGUUCUGCUGAACUCGUGGGUCAAGUACAUUGAGCAAGCGAAAUAUGCGAAGCGGGAGCCUGGGGAGAGGGAAGCUGGAGCAGUGGAAAGACUGGUUGAAAUCGUGUUAUUGACUAUGAAGAUCAAAGAAGAAAAGGGCAAUACUUCUGCCCAGAACAAGUCAUGA